AUGCAAGAACUUUACGCAACCAUCGAAGAGACGGCUCUGGGCUUCGUCGCCUCUGUCGGGAACGAGACCCGCGAUCAAUAUCUGGCAGCUGAAUUCGAAGCAACCUAUGCACCCUUGCAAGACGAGAUACCGCACGAUAUUCCGAUUGGAGAGCUGGACAACCCGACCUAUACGCACUACUUCAGCUCUCAUCUCGACAGACUAUCCAUCGAAGCCGACAAACGCCUCUUGGACAGUGUCAUCGACCCCAAAAAGCGCAAAGCUUGGCUGUGGUAUCAGCUGGAACUUGAGAAUGCCGAACAGCUCUUGGGUGCUCCAUUCGAGAAAGUUGUGAUGGAAGUCAUCUGGAUGAUCGAAUUCACUGAGGAUGGGAAGAAGAUUGUUCGAUGCAAGCAAUAUCUCGAUACUGUGGCGUGCGAUACGUUCUUCCCGGAACAAGCGCGUGCUGUAGAAGCUGCCCAGGAAAGCUUUCCAGCAACGGACUCGGAUGCCGAUGAGGCUGCCCACAUUCAAGUGACCUCACUCACUACAACUGAAGAUGAGGACGCUGCCAACGACUUUCUGCAGGGACUGACAGUUUCGCGGAGUUGA